AUGUCAGACAAAGCUCGUUCGAUUACAAAUCUAACACCGAGUUGUGCUCAAACAAUGUGUUGUCAACAUCCAGAAAUUACUUGCCGUCAUUGUGCUCAACAGUAUUGUUAUCUAUGUUUUAUGUCACAUCGUACGCACAUCAUAGAUGACAUGACAUCGAUUCAUUCACAAAUGGUUAAAAAUCGAAAACAAGGUGUCGAUGAUAUUGUCAAAUUUAUUGAUAAACAAGCACAAGAUGCGAAAGAGCAAGCUAAACAACUUGUUGAUGAUGCUAUAAAUAGAAUAUUAAAUGCUUCGAAGAAUAUUUAUCAAUAUAUAGAUAAUCGUCGUCAAACAAAGUUAAGUCGAUUAAAUGAAUGUUUAGACAAAUUUGAUAAUGAUAAAAAUUUACUACAAGAGAAAUUGGAUGGGAAUAUUUUUUUAACAGCUGAUGUUAUAAUGGAUUUACGUAAGAAAUAUGCUUACAAUAUGUUUGAUCAUGUUGGUAAAAUCAAUGAAAAAUCAAAUGUAACAGAGCAACAAACAAAAAAUGAAAUUUUUUUUUCAAAUUAUCGUUUUUAUGAUGAAUUAAUUAAUCUUAGACAAAAAUGGACAUUUUUACAAGCUGCAUUGACAACCGUUUAUUUUCCGUCGAAAAAAGAUAUUUCGUUGGACAAAAUUCUCACGUUUUUAGAAUAUAGACAUGAUCGAGUUUUAGAAAAUUAUCGUGAACAUUUAGCAUUAAAAGAGGAAACAAAAGCUUUGUCGUUAAAAACGGGUGAUGAACUGUUGAAUCAAUUAAGUUUUUUAAAAUUGGCGACAUCUAUUCAAAUAUUACGUAGUCGCAGGGAAGAGGUUAGAACUGAGAAAAAAUUAAACGUCAAAGAAUCUUAUAAUUUUUAUUAUACCAUUGAUGAAUGCGACGUGAUUCCUGCUCUCAGUGAUAAAAAAGAUUAUUCACAUUCAUCUACAACACCGUUAACAAAAAAUGAAGAAAAAUCGAAUGGAGCUACCACUCCUGAUAAUAAAAAUGAAGAAAUAAUCACUGCAAUCAAAAUCAUUAAAACACCAUCAAUACCGUUGACAAAAAAUGAAGAUGAAAAAAGAGAGGAUGUUUUAAUUCCAUCAGCGUCUGCCAAUAAUAUAGUUAACGAUGAUACAAGUAGUCAAGAUAGUGAAAAUAGUUGGCAAUCCGUUAAUCGUUACGAUUAUGAAGAUCUUCAUGAAGAACAAGAUUCAAAAAAUGCAAAAAAAUUAGAAGAAUGUGAUAAACGUUAUCAAAAAUUAGUUGAAACAUUAAGAAAAGUAGAAAAACAAUUUGAUAUUAAACCAGUCAUAUAA